AUGGCUCUGACUCAAGCUCUGGAAGAGAUUAGUGAACAAGAAGCGGAACAGAACAUACCGUUGUCAUCUCCACAGGGACUGUCCGUGGAGAUCAGAGUACGGAUCUCAGUUAUCGGAUCUUAUUCUUUUGACACAUCACAGAUUCCUAUGACGCACGAAACUUUCCCCCAUCAAAUGAUCGGGAAAUGUUCUUUAUUGGUGGAAUGGUACAUUGCUGUCUUGGCUAGUCCAAACACAAUGAAAGUUCUCUGUCAAUACCCCUUCGAUUUUCAUGAUCUUAAACUCGUUCAGAUAUUCCCACACUCUGUGAAGAUGCUCCCCAAAACCGUUUACGAAACGGACCUCAAUCUGCUUCGUUUUCUGUGGUCAAGGGCUCGUUCGGAUACCCCCACGCUCCGUGAGGACGCUCCCCAAAACCAUUUACGAAUCGGUCAAGGUCUCGUGGAGCUAGGAUCUCAAUCUGCUUCGUUUUCUGACCUCAAUCUGCUUCGUUUUCUGUGGUCGAGGGUUCGUUCGGAUACCCCCACGCUCCAUGAAGACGCUCCCCAAAACCGUUUACGAAACGGACAAGGUCUCAUGGAGCUAGGACCUCAAUCUGCUUCGUUUUCUGUGGUCGAGGGCUCGUUCGGAUACCCCCACACCCCCUGA